CAGCGCGCACUUGAAAAUGAUCAGCUGACUGCCACAGAGAUAGCUUGUAUGACUGGCUUCUCGCUAACAUUUUUGUAUGAUUUUGUUGUCUAUUAUUAUUGUCGGUUACUGCUGAAUCAGUUCGAGCUCUGAUCAGGCCCUGUUCUUUUAAUCGAGAAAGAUGUAUCAUAUUGGCAUCAGAGUUUCCUCACAGGUAGUUCCGCUCUUAUGGUUUGUGUUCGUGAUUAUAUCAACACAGACGACCGACGCUAAGAAUUCAGAAGACAUUAGAUGCAAGUGCAUCUGCCCCCCUUACAGAGAGGUACAGGGGAAGAUUUACAACCAAAAUGUAUCCUUAAAAGACUGCAACUGUCUUCAUGUUGUGGAACCGAUGCCAGUAGAAGGAAAGGAUGUGGAGGCUUACUGUCUGCGAUGUGAAUGCAAGUAUGAAGAGAGAAGUUCUGGAACUAUCAAAGGGACGAUCAUUGUCUACCUGUCCAUCUUGGGCCUGCUGUUGUUAUACAUGGUUUACCUGACCCUCCUGGAGCCCAUUUUGAAGAGGAGACUCUUUGGCCACUCUCAGCUGAUACAGAAUGAAGAUGAGGUUGGGGACCAGCAGCCGUUCGCUAACGCGCAUGACGUGCUGUCGCGCUCGCGCCUGCGUCCCAACAUGCUGAAUAAGGUGGAGCACGCUCAGCAGCGCUGGAGGAGGCAGGUGCAGGAGCAGCGCAAGUCCGUCUUCGACCGCCACGUCGUCCUCAGCUAAUCCCGCUCCGUCUCCUCGGUCCCCCUCCUCCGCCCCCCCCCCCCACACACACACACACACACACUCUCACACACCCCUGUUACACCUGUGGCAGCGAGAUCACUGUGACUGGAACUUGCCCGUUCAUGCAUUCCCCUGAACAGCAUUAUCUCCUGGUUCAUCAUUCCACAGUGUUCCACACAACUGCUCUUGGGGCACUGUCUCUUUUUGUGUUAACAAUCUCUUUGAUGUGUGUGUGUGAGUGUGUGUGUGAGUGUGUGUGUGAGUGUGUGUGUGAGUGUGUGUGUGUGUGAGUGUGUGUGAGUGUGUGUGAGUGUGUGUGAGAGUGUGUGUGUGAGAGUGUGUGUGUGAGAGUGUGUGUGUGAGAGUGUGUGUGUGAGAGUGUGUGUGUGUGAGAGUGUGUGUGUGAGAGUGUGUGUGUGAGAGUGUGUGUGUGAGAGUGUGUGUGUGAGAGUGUGUGUGUGAGAGUGUGUGUGUGUGAGAGUGUGUGUGUGAGUGUGUGUGUGAGAGUGUGUGUGAGAGUGUGUGAGAGAGUGUGUGAGAGAGUGUGUGAGAGAGUGUGUGAGAGAGUGUGUGUGAGUGAGUAUGUUUGUGUGGGUGUGAGUGUGUAUGUGAGUGAGUGUGUUUGUGUUUGUGUGUUGAAGUUCAUUUAUAUGAACUUCAUCCAUCAGGCCUUUAGUUGAGCUCACCAUAGAAAAUGACUAUGAACAGUUCAAGACGCAGUGAUGUAAUGUAACCUAUUGUAAUGCAUGACACACCAUGAUACUCCUCUUUCUGUAUUGAGAAAUGUUUGACCUGAAUGCAUUUUAGCCACACCAAAAAGCAACAUGGAAAAAGUGCCAACGAUAUGAUCAAUCUGAGUUAAUUUCAAAAUAUUUAUGGAAAACGUAUGGCAUUGAUAAUAGCUUUUGGUUACAUACCUGGAAUUUGACAUUUAACUGGAAUAAGACCCCCCCCCAAAAAAACCUGGAAUCUUGAGAAGGUGAUAUGAAAAUGUAUAGUGUUGAAUAUGACUUAAUCCCUUAGUGUACAGAUUAAUAUUCAUGUUUUACAACUUGGAACUUGCCGUCAAUGAAACUCCUAAUUCACCUCUGUUCUAAUUCAUUUCUCUUCUAGUUCAUCUCUCUCACUGUCCUCUUUGGAUCCUUGUGACGAUGUUCCAUUUAUACUACUGCAUAAAUCCAUAGUUGAUUGUUUACUUGACAUGUAGCCAUGAGUCGUCUCCAAUCAAAGAUGUCUUAUUUAACGUUUAUUAACUGACUGGAAUCAGAUUCUUCUUUACAUCACUGCCUCGACAGAAUUACAUUUUGAUCCUGGUGUGUUGUGUUGCAAAUCUCUGCCUCAUGCUCAUUUAAAUCAAGCACAUGUGUAACACAUCUGUGAUGAUGACCUACAUUCUCUUGCAUAAUAAUAAAUAGUCUUUGAAUUUAAAUGAAUGAUGUACGACUAAUCAGGUAGGACCUUUGUUGAUGUGGCACUGCUGGAACAGAAGGAGUGAUGAAAAAAUGAAGUGUAUAGAAAUUGUCAAAUGAGAGUUGAAGUUUUGUGUUAUGGUUUGAUGUAAAGCUUUCUAAAAUAUAUAUAAAACCCUUGAAUUUCCUGUA